AUUUAAAGCUAAUAUUUGCAGAGGCAGAAAAAAAAUUAGUGGGAGAGAGAGAAGAGAAGGAGAGAGAAAGAAAGAGCAAAGUUGCGGAUUCUCAAGCAACUCUCUCUUCUGGAAUCUUCUAUUUGAGCAAAUCCCUUCUUCUUCUUCUUAUCGUCAAAUCUUACUCGGCUUUUCUUCUUUCUCUCUCCUCCUCCUUCCAUGUCGUCACCAUCUCAAGCUUCGCUUCUGCUCCAAAAGCAGCUUAAAGAUCUUUGCAAAAACCCUGUUGAUGGGUUUUCAGCUGGAUUGGUUGAUGAAAAUAAUCUUUUUGAAUGGAGUGUUACGGUGAUUGGGCCUCCUGAUACCCUUUACGAAGGGGGAUUUUUCAAUGCCAUUAUGUCAUUUCCGCCGAAUUAUCCAAAUAGCCCCCCUCAAGUGAGGUUUACAUCGGAUAUAUGGCAUCCAAACGUUUAUACUGAUGGCCGGGUUUGCAUAUCAAUUCUUCAUCCACCUGGCGAUGACCCAAAUGGCUAUGAACUUGCAAGUGAGCGAUGGAGUCCAGUUCAUACAGUUGAAAGCAUAGUUCUUAGUAUCAUAUCAAUGCUUUCCAGUCCUAAUGACGAAUCUCCAGCAAAUGUUGAAGCUGCGAAGGAAUGGAGGGAAGAUAGAGAUGGAUUCAGGAAAAAGGUCAGCCGGUGUGUAAGAAAAUCGCAAGAGAUGCUAUGAUUCACCUACAUGGCUACAUAUCUCUCAAGUGUUCUCACCUGCUUUGGCCUUCAUUAGAUGUUGCCAUUGUGCUCCCAUGCGAUAGGAAAUUUGAAAAACAAUCUAAUGGGAGAACUGUUUUUAUAGAAUUAUUUUGGGGAAUUAGGUGGGAUCAGAUUAGUUAUUGCAGGAGUUUUGACUGGGAUUGAAUAAGAUUUCUGUCAAAAUUCCCUCAUGCCCGUUAGAUUAUUAACUUUUGAUUGUGCUUGCUGCGUUAUUUUGAGUCGAAAUGACAGUAUGUGUUUCAAUAUGUGGAAUUUCUGCGUUUAUAGCUGGGCAAAAAAUUGCUGGAUGCGCAAUCAGCUGUUAAAGAGUUCAUGCUUCUUUUUUAGCCAAAUUGGCGAAUGCAAUUGAUUUAUCGUUUGUUAUA